GUAGGCCUAUCAGUACGGCCAUCAUCUGUCGCCCGUGCGCUGUCAUGAGUUCCUAUUUUGCCAACGUGGCCGCGGCGGGCGGCUGGGGCGCCGCCACCACGCAGGAGCAGUGCGCCUACAUGCAGGGCUCCCGAGGGCCUGCCGGGUACGCUGACGUGACGCAGGCGUACGCGCAAUACGGCUCCGGGAUGCAGACUUAUCGAUACCCUGGCGCUUAUGCUGCCCUCAACAACGCCCCUGCAACCACCAAGGCUGCCUACGAACACUCCCCCACCAACAAUUCCCCUUCCCCUGCCACGACAACUUCCUACGACACCUGCAGCCACAGCUACUACCCUGCCCUGACAUCCCCAAGGGGUGACAUGACAGCGACCCACCCACACUCAGCAGCAGUGCCUUCUUCAGCAGUGCCUCACGCCGUCAGUCCAGUGAACAGUGACUUCAACAGUGCCAAAAUGAACGCUUACAUUAACCCUAUGGCCGGAAUGACGCCUCCCCCGUCUGUCAGCGCCGUGCCCUCCAACCCUCUUAGUGCGACGGACGCCCUCAGCCACGUCUACGGCAGCGCGGCGGCUCCUGACGCGGUGAUGCAGCCCUACACCUCCAAGACGCAGUGCCCCGCCAACUACUAUCAGUGGGUGAAGGCUUAUCCUGCAGCAGGUCAGGACACGGGCGCUGGACCCAAGAGGACACGGCAGACCUACACGCGAUAUCAAACCCUCGAGCUGGAGAAGGAAUUCCACUUCAACCGCUACCUGACGCGGCGGCGGAGGAUAGAGAUCGCCCACGCCCUCUGCCUCACCGAGCGACAGAUCAAAAUAUGGUUCCAGAACAGGAGGAUGAAGGCCAAGAAGGAGUCGAAGCAGUCCCACGACAGCACGGGGGAGAAGAGUGAGGAGAGCGAGGAAAAGGAGGCCUGUGACAUCAGUUCCUCCCCCGAUCUCCUGACGGGUGCGCUGCCGCUGCCUCUGACUGGACCACUCACAGUCACCUGAUAAGCCAAUAAUCACACCUGUUUGCGCCCCCAUAGUGGUUAUAAUGAGGUUACGAUGAGCUGAUGCGGGGAGAUGAUGGGCCAUGAAGGUGGUGAUGGGUUUUGCAAAUUGAUAUGUCAGAAGGGAUGAUGAUAAUGAUGUUAAAGAUGAUGAUAACGAUGAUGGUGAUGAUGAUGGGAAUGAUGAAACUGAGGAUGAUGGUGAGGAUGAUAUUGAUAACGAUAAUGAUGAGGGUGAUGUGGAUGAUGAAAAUGGUGAAACUGAGGAUGAGGGUGAGGAUGAUAUUGAUAAUACUAAAAAUGAAGGUGAUGUGUAUGAUGAAAAUGGUGAAGGUGAUGAUUAUGAUGAUGAUGAUAUUGAUAACGAUGAUGAGGAAGGUGAUGUCUAGGAUGAUGAAAAUGGUGAGAAUGAUGAUGAUGGCGAUAAUACUGAUGAUAAUGAUGGUGAUAAUGAGGGUUACAGUUCUUCCUAAUGUAAAUAAUGAACCCAAAGCAGAAAGUACAAAAAAAAGAACAUUGUAGGAAUAACAGCAAAGGAAUGGGAUCGUGUAUAGUAAGAUCCCAUAACCUAUAUUUUUGCUACUGACACAAUAAUGGUAAGUGUGCAAUAUGAUGAUGGCCUGAGGUGGUGUACAGGUGCAAUAAUAAGCGUGACCUGGGAACACCUGAGACCUUGUUACCUGUGCGUGUGUCUUCAGGUCUCAGGUGAAGAAGCUCAAUGAUAGGCUUAAAGAUAUGUAAAGGAUUAUAACUCCUCUUUUUCUCUUCACUUCACUUCUCUUCUCUUCUCUUCUCUUCUC